AACCACGAGUGCGCAUAUAUUUCAACUUAAAGACUACUACGUACAGAGAGAAACAAAGAAGAUGUGCUGUUCAAGACUAGUUUUCUUCACCUGCCUAAUUCUGAUCUUGCAUCUGUUUGCUCCCACGUUAGCUCAAUUAGUUCCCUACGCCUGCUCCGAUAAGGGUAACUACACCAGUAACAGUACAUACAGAGCAAAUCUCAACACCGUCCUGGCGUCUAUGUCUUCCAAUACCAAUAUCAGCUACGGGUUUUAUAAUUUUUCCGUCGGAGAAAAUUCCGGCAAAGUAAACGCGAUUGCACUUUGUAGAGGAGACAUUGGGACAGACGAAUGCCGUAGUUGCGUAAAUGCGUCGAGUCAGGAUCUGUUGCAGUAUUGUCCCAACCAGAAGGAGGCGAUCGUAUGGUACACGAAAUGUAUGGUGCGAUACUCAAACAGAUCUAUAUUUGGUGUUCUGGAAGCCAACCCUUUAUAUUCCUUCUACAACACACUAAACGCCUCAGAUGUAGAUGCGUUCACACAGGUUCUAGGGCCCUUGUUAGAGAGGCUAAAAAACCUCGCCGCAGCAGGAAAUUCUACUCGCAAAUUUGCUGUGGGAAGCGAGACUGCCCAAGAUUUCCAAACAAUACAUGCACUUCUUAUGUGCACCCCUGAUUUGGAUGAACUCGAUUGCAAGAGCUGCCUGGAGCAGACUAGGCAAAGGGUAUUUUCAACAUGCUGUUAUGGAAAGCAGGGAGGGAGAUAUAUAUCACCCAGCUGUGAUUUAAGGUACGAGACUUACACUUUCUAUGACCCAAUCGCUGAGGCUCCACCGCCGUCGCUACUGCCGCCAUCAUCCCCUACAUCAGAAGGAAACCAAGGUAACCCAUCUCGAACUACAAUCGUUAUAGUUGUGUCAGCUAUUGGUUCUUUAUUACUGAUUAUAAUUGGAAUCUUCAUCUUCUAUUCAAGGGUGAUCAGGAAAACAGGAGAGAAAGUUAAAACAACGCAUGACAUGAGUACUGUGGAAUCAUUGCGGUUCGACUUUGGCACAAUUACAGUAGCUACAGAUAACUUUUCUGAUGAAAAUAAACUUGGAGGAGGUGGAUUUGGUGCUGUUUACAAGGGUAUGCUUCAAAAUGGACAAGAAAUAGCUGUAAAAAGGCUAUCUAUGGAUUCCGGACAAGGCCGAGAUUCAGAGUUUGGGAAUGAAGUUCUCUUAGUAGCAAGACUUCAACAUCGAAAUUUGGUAAGGCUCUUAGGAUUCUGUUUGGAAGGAAAUGAAAGGCUUCUAAUCUAUGAGUUCGUUCCUAAUGCAAGCCUGGAUCGAUUCAUAUUUGAUCCAACGAAGCGUAUUCAAUUGGAUUGGGAAAGGCGCUACAAAAUUAUAGAGGGCAUUGCUCGAGGGCUCGUUUAUCUUCACGAAGAUUCUCAGCUACGUAUUAUUCAUCGCGAUCUCAAAGCCAGCAAUAUUUUGUUAGAUGAGCAUAUGAAUCCAAAAAUUUCUGAUUUUGGCACAGCAAGAUUGUUAGAUCAAACUCAAGGGAAUACAAGGAGAAUCAUUGGAACCUAUGGAUAUAUGCCUCCAGAGUAUGCUAUGCACGGCAACUUUUCCACAAAGUCUGAUAUUUUUAGUUUUGGUGUGUUACUUUUGGAGAUAGUGAGUGGGCAAAGCAACACUUCUUUCCCCAAUGAACAAAAUGGAGAAGGCCUUAUAAGCUAUGCAUGGAAAAUCUGGAGGGAGGGAACACCUUUAAAUCUUGUAGAUCCCACACUGAGGGUUAAUUCAACAGUUCCCUUAAUGAGAUGCAUCCAUAUUGGGUUACUCUGUGUUCAAGAAAAUAUAGCUGAUAGACCUACAGCAGCUUCAGUCGUUCUCAUGCUUAGUAGCCACUCUAUUACUCUAGCAGUACCCGCAAGACCUCCAUUUCUUAUGUACAGUACUGGCGAUGGACUAGACAAGUCGUCCGAAUGUUCAGAUCAAUCAAGAAAGAUCAGCCAUGUCCAAGCAUCAAUAAAUAAUGUUUCAAUUACUGAACAUUAAGUCGU